GCAGACCCCACCCCUUCCGGGGGACAGGCAAAUCUAGUGCGCGACGGCAUCCCUGUGACGUAAUGGUAACGGAGACGUUCGGAGCCCAGGACAUGUCGGGAAUGAGGAGAUACGAAGUGGCGCUGGAGGCGGAGGAGGAGAUCUACUGGGGCUGUUUCUACUUUUUCCCCUGGCUGCGCAUGUGGCGGAGGGAGCGGAGCUCGGCGCACCCCGGGGAGCAGAAGCUGGAGCCUCUGCGAGGCCUGAUGAGCUGUCUGUCCAGCGGCCUGGGCCCUGCUCCCCAGCGCUCGGGUCGUAGCCUCCCCCGCCGCAGCCCCACCGCCGCUGCCCAGCCAGCCAGUGCAUUAAAGAUUUAAACCGAAGCCCACCGUACUGACCUCCUGACUCUGCCGCCGCUGUCGCCAUUCGAGCCGAGCGCCCCUCCCCACACUGGCUCUGUUCCGUACUGACAGGGCGUCCCUCCCUAAAAGGGUGCCCUUCCACGUCAAAGCCCCUCAUCAGUGUCAGGCCUCCUGUUACUAUCAAUGACUGUCUCCCCCAACCCCAUGCCCCAAAAACCCAUACUGUGAAUAGCCUAUAUGAAGAGAACUAAA